AUGGACGUUCCAAAGUUCGCCGGCAUGUCUGGUAACAUGCUGUCACGAACAGUUACUGCCACAGCAACUAUGGGUUUCCUGCUCUUCGGUUAUGAUCAGGGUGUCAUGAGUAGUAUUAUCGACUCGAAUGCCUUCUUCACGCUCCUGCCCCAGUUGAAUGGAAACUCCACUUUACAAGGCACAGUCACCGCUCUUUACGAAAUUGGAUGUCUCAUCGGCGCUGUCUUCAUGCUCAUCUUUGGUGAUUGGCUGGGCCGUCGCAAGGCUAUCAUGUCUGGUGCCUUCAUCAUGAUCCUUGGUGUCAUUAUCCAAGUGACCUCCUACCACAGACAUGACCCUAUGGUCCAAUUCAUCAUUGGUCGUAUCGUCACCGGUGUUGGAAACGGAAUGAACACAUCCACUAUCCCCACCUACCAAGCCGAGUGUUCUCGCACUUCAAACCGAGGUCUGCUUAUCUGUAUCGAGGGUGGCACUAUUGCCUUCGGUACUCUAAUUGCCUACUGGAUCGACUUCGGUGCCUCUUACGGCCCUACUGAUCUGGUGUGGCGUUUCCCUAUCGCUUUCCAGUGUAUCUUUGGUGUCUUCAUCAUCGUUGGAAUGGCCUUCCUGCCCGAAUCUCCUCGCUGGUUGUUGACUCGCGAGCGCCUCGAAGAGGGAGAGAGAGUCAUUGCUGCUCUCCAGGGUCAGUCUAUUGGUUCACAUGAGGUGACUCUGCAGAAGAACAUCAUUCUGGACUCCAUCCGAGCUUCUGGUCAGGUCAGCAAGAACACCCCAUUCUCCGCUGUUUUCACCGGUGGAAAGACUCAGCACUUCCGCCGUAUGUUGCUCGGUGCCUCGUCCCAGCUUAUGCAGCAGAUUGGUGGCUGUAACGCCGUCAUCUACUACCUGCCUAUUCUUUUCAAGCAAUCCGUCGGUCUCACCGGCAGAAUGCCUACUAUUCUCGGUGGUGUGAACAUGGUGGUCUACGCCAUCUUUGCAACUCUAUCUUGGUUCCUGAUUGAGCGUGUUGGUCGCCGCAAGCUCUUCCUUUACGGAACCAUUGGCCAGAUGGUCUCCAUGAUCAUCGUCUUUGCUUGUUUGAUUCCAGGUACCACAGAGGCUGCCAAGGGAGCUGCCGUGGGUCUAUUCACUUAUAUUGCCAGCUUUGGUGCCACAUGGCUUCCCCUUCCAUGGUUGUACCCAGCCGAGAUCUCCCCUAUCAAGACUCGUGCCAAGGCCAAUGCGCUCUCCACUUGCUCAAACUGGCUGUUCAACUUCUUGAUUGUCAUGGUUACACCGAUCAUGAUUGCCCACAUUUCCUGGGGCACUUACCUCUUCUUCGCCGUCGUCAAUGCCUGUUUCCUGCCGAUUAUCUACUUCUUCUACCCCGAGACUGCCCGUCGCUCCCUGGAGGAGAUUGAUUUGAUCUUCGCCAAGGGUUACUCAGAGAACAUCAGCUAUGUCCGUGCGGCGAAGGAGCUGCCUUAUCUGAGCGAUGAGGAUGUUGAGCGGGUCGCCAUCCAAUAUGGAUUUGGCCCCGCUGAUGUCCACGAGGCUGAUUACGAGGCCAAGGCUGGCAGUUCUAGCGACAGUGCGCCCGAGCACACACUUGCCGAGCCUAAGGUUCAGACUGUCUAA